AUGGUGUCAUUUAACUCAGGCUACCAAAAAUGCUAUGUACUGUAUUACUGGCUGUGUUGGGAAUCAAGUUCCAGAGACACUGUGCCUUCUUUCAACAGGUCUCGUGGUGGUGGUCUUGGUUCCCGCAAACAGAAAGAGCUGCCAACAGAGCCCCCUUUCACAGCAUAUGUGGGAAAUCUACCCUUCAACACCGUUCAAGGAGACAUAGAUGCCAUCUUCAAGGAUCUCAGUGUAAGGAGUGUACGACUAGUCAGAGACAAGGAGACAGACAAAUUUAAAGGAUUUUGUUACGUAGAGUUCGAUGAGGUGGAGUCACUCAAGGAAGCUCUUACGUUUGAUGGUGCACUUUUGGGUGAUCGAUCACUCCGAGUGGACAUAGCAGAAGGCAGAAAACAGGAUAAAGGUGGCUUUGGCUUCAGAAAAGGUGGCGGGCCUGAUGACAGAGGAAUGGGAGGAGGUUCCCGAGAAUCCAGAGGAGGUGGAUGGGAUUCCAGAGAUGACUUCAAUUCUGGAUUCAAAGAUGAUGACUUCUUGGGAGGCCGGGGUAGAGGAACCCGCCCUGGAGACCGGCGACCACCAGGUGCUUCAAUGGGAAGUGGUGGCACUGGUCGCUUCAGAGAUGGGCCUCCCCUUCGUGGAUCUUCCAUGGACUUCAGAGAGCCAACAGAAGAGGAAAGAGCACAGCGACCCCGACUUCAGCUCAAACCUCGAACAGUUGCUACUCCGCUCAAUCAAGUAGCCAACCCAAACUCUGCUAUCUUCGGUGGAGCCAAGCCCCGAGAGGAAGUAGUAAAAGAGCACGACUGAGUUUGGGGUUGAGAGGGAAUGGGGAGGCGGGAGAAAAAGCAAGACAGUACAGAGUGGCUAGCUCUGCUGGAAUGUCAACCCUGCAGUUUACCAUUCCUGCCAUCUGGCAUUUGUCCUCUUUGAAACCGAAAACACAGAGCUUGUGAAUGCAUGUCAGCUGUUAACAAGUGGUUUUUAGUACGUUCUUGGCUUUGCUGUAUCUAGUGCCUGCUUUGUGCUGAGUUUCCCUCUUCUGUUUCCUUCCAAGCGGCACAGUUGCCAGUAGAUAAGGCAGUGUAGCUGCUUCCACCAGUGUGGAGGUCUCUGGACAAAGGUGCUGCUUCAACUUCUUCCUUUCUGGGUUUGUUUUACUUUAGAAGCACAGGUUAGACUUAGUUAUUGCCCUGUAUUGUUUCCUUUUACUUCCUCAGUGCUCCUCUUCUGACUUGCAUGUCUUGUUCUGUAUUGCUGUGGCUCUGAAGAGGAAAACUGGAGAGUCCAGAUGAGUUGAACAGAGAAAUUUACAGUUCUAACCAUGUAGUGAGAUACCAUUUGUGACAAUUGGUGAUGGAGUUACUGUGUAUAGCAGAGCCCUUUGUAACACUAAGGGGGACAGCUGCCCUUUCACACAGGUUGCCAGGAAGUAUCAAUUUUAUAGAUGCAAAUAAAAUUGGCUGACGAGAACCCUGGUGAAUAGGUGGUGGAAUCAGUACGGAUAAAGCAUCUGCCAGCAGACUCUUGCUGGUGGCUGUGUAUUGACUUCAAAAUGGUAUGAUACUACACCUCUGCGCUCACGGUUAGGGCUGCAAAGACGUGCCUCUUCGAGCACAACUGCUCACUGGCUCUUUCUGCUUACUUUUUUUUGGGUUUUACAUGUUUGGUAAAUUUUUAAACGAAGUUUCUACAAAUAAAAUUGACUUUUUUAUUUUUGUUUAAGGAGUGCAUACUUUGCCAUGCAGUAUGUAAUCACCAUUAUCCCCUGUGUUUCCUUGCCCAGUGUUGUAGAGUUUUAAGACCUCUGCUUUCAGAAUACCUUGAAAAUGGGCAAAUUAGAAAUCAUUCUGCUAUAGAUUCUCUUCAUGUAGAAGUUUGGGUAAAAAGCAUCUCUAAUUGCUGCGUCUCUCUCUGCUUGAAAUGUUUCUUGCCAGUGUUGUGUGGCAGGAGGGAGGGGAGGCUGGAGCAGAAGGAGAGAGGUCAUUUAUGUUUUAAAAAAAACCACAAAAAACA